UCCGCACCCACAAUGGGUUCCCCUCUAACCAACCAUCGAUUAUGGCCCAACACCCGACAUGGUUCCGCUCGCGACCAUCAGUCGCGCUUUGCCCGUUAAGCGCGUGGUCGCUACGCAUUUCGCUCUUCAACUGCCUUACCACGCGACCCGCGAUCUUCAAAUGUUUUAAUCUACGCCCGAUCGAUGCGACAGUUUUCGUUUUUCGAUCGAUAGCUGCGAAAGUUCGUCUCGGUAGUGGUGACUUUAACGAUGGACUAUGACUGUAGGGUUAGAUUUUUAAUAAUUUGAUCGAUUUUAACCGAUUCAAAAUGAGAUGGAUGAGUGUAUGAUCUCCGAUCAAUCCGUUCUCAUUAGAGAUCGAAAUAGAAGUACGAUGAAGAACAAGAGGGUGUUACAGAUUAUUUGUGUGGUAUGUUUGAUAGUGUACGCUGGAAUGUUAGUGAGCCAAAUUGUUGGGAGGAAGAGUAGAAGGCCGAGGGGUAACCAACAGUCGAUGCCAAUAAUAGACAUCCCCAUAGAGAGCUAUCGCUUCGAUCGUAACCUGGCCGAAGACCGAUCACCCCACGAAAACGAGAUCAUCCCCGAGGGGUUCACCAGUGAAAUAUCUACCGCCACUGCGACUGUCAAACCACCGACUACGACAUUGGAUGACGUUUUCAUCAGUGUCAAGACUACUAAGAAUUAUCAUCGGAAGCGAUUGCCGAUCAUAUUGAAGACUUGGUUUCAGUUGGCUAGGAAACAGAUUCCUUAGCAGAGCGCUGGGUUUGUGAAUUGUUACAGAGUGAACUUUGUACUACCCUGUAACAUCUUUAGCGUUCGUAAUUGUUUGACGUACCUUGGGAAUAAGAAUAUUGCCACUUGCCAUUCUUAUGGUUUAUUGUUUGCUUUAUUUGGUUAUUAAAAAGUGCUCAAAAUAAGCAGAAUACAUAUAUAUAUAUAUUUUUUUCACGAUAAAUGGGCUAUGUCGUAUCCAUAGCGUUCUUAUAAUAAAAACUUGUCACAGAAAGCAUGGUUAGAAAUUAGUAGGCUGUGAUCAAGUGACAUUACAAGUUUCAGUAAUAAUUUAGGCGUUCUAAAAAUAAGUUUCACAGUAUUCCAGCGUAAAAUUACAUCUCUCAAUCUACAUACCAUUACUGUGUACGGUUUUACAUUACCAAGUGAUAUAGGUGUACAAACGCACUCAUUAUUUUAGUAUCUUUCAGAAGUGUCAUCUGGAAGACAGAGGGAAUUCAAGGAUUCCCAUCAUCUCGAAAGAAUUGAUGAAUGAAUUUCUUUAAAGAAGAAAUGGUGAAUAUGGUGUUCGUUUUUUAGAAAAUCUGUGGCUAAUGGAAUUUUAUCCAAAGCCAACCCCCCCCCCUACAUAUAUACAUACAUAGUGCUCGUUUUGGGCGAAGCCCAAAGAAAUAGUCUCCUAGCAUCUCGCAUUUAUACGCAACGGUACCCUAAUAUGCGACAUCCAAGGCCGGAAACAUUUUCCACUCUACGAGCACGUUUUGAAUCAAGUGGAGCAGUGGAAUAUAGUAAAAAAUGUAUAAAUAAUCCAAGUGUCACCAUUGAGGCGAAUCAGUUGGAGGUUCUAUUAAAGUUGCAGGAAAAUCCCCAUUUAAGUGCA